UUCGCUGACGAGCCAGUAUGUAGCCAGGUCGUCGAGGUGUAGAGACUUUAGUGUUUACUUGACGUUCCCACAGUGUACGUUCCUCGCUCUCUCACUCUCAUACCUCUCGGUUUCCUCUGCUACGGGAACUGAUUCCCUGGUUAUUGUUGGGAAAUUUGCAAACAGAUCUCAGACCGUGGACAUAAGGCCAGCUCUACGGAUCUGUGGCACGAGAAUAUUGGACCUGACAUCUGAAACAGGUACAUUUCAGGAGGCUUCAUUCAUUAUUUAGAACCCAAGCAUGGGAAGCACAGAGGAGAUAACAAAAAUGAGGUCUGUGAAGAAGAAAUUGGAAAUGGAGGGUGAAGAAUCAGAUUCUUCAAAGUCAAAGGGAACAUCAGGUGAUACAAGUCCGGACCCCUUGGAACAUGGAAUUGAUGAUGACUUGAAGCCAUUAGCAGAGGGAGAGGCCAAGAACUCAAAAAGUGACACAGAAAGUGACACUGAAAGUGAGAAGGGAGCCUGCAAACCAAGAGACAAGUCUCCUGAGGGGAUAGAUGUUCAAGGUGCUCGCUUUCGAAAUGAUAGUGAGAGUUCAUCGGAAAGUGGCAAAUCUCCAAGUUCAGAGCGCAUGAAAAGGCAACGGACUGUAAGCGGCUCCUCCCCAGUUCAAAACUUCAUCUUCCCGGGCGUUGCAGCAUCUCCUCCUAAAUUCAUGUCCUUAGAGGAAGUCAUGAAAGCAGCAAAGGGAGUUAGCAACAUGGUACUUGCACAUGAGAUUGCUGUAGACAAGAAUUUCAAGCUGGAGAAGUUUGAGCCUCCAGAUAACAGUGUUGAGAAGCAGGUCCGUGAUGUCAUGCACAAAGCCUUCUGGGACCAGUUAGUAGAACAGCUCGCCCAGGAACCUCCCUGCUAUGAACAGGCUUUGAUAUUGCUCCAGGAAGUCCGGGAUAACCUUUUAGACAUCACCCUUCCUCACCACACUCGUUUGCGACAGGAAAUAUCAGACACCUUGGAUGUUGAUUUAAUCAAACAGCAAGCAGAACAUGGCGUAUUAGAUUUUAGUCAGUACUCGCAGUAUGUACUUUCCAUCAUGGCUCGCCUCUGUGCUCCUGUCCGGGAUGAAACUAUCCGUAAUCUUAUGAGAGAAACAGAAAUUGUGACAGUGUUCCGUGGUGUGAUGGAGACCCUAGACUUAAUGCGUCUUGAUAUGGCAAACUUCACCAUUCAGCAAAUCAGGCCUCACAUCAUUGCACAGAGUGUAACUUACGAGAAGAAGAAAUUUGCUGAGUUCCUCAAGACACAAAAUGAUGGCCUGGAGUUGACGAGAGAUUGGCUUAUAAACCAUGUGCGAGAAGAUGACAUUGAAAGGGCAGACGAACUUUCGAUGAGAGGAGUAGUAGGAUCGGUCAUCAGUCGAGCUUAUUUGGAACUCCUGUCAUGGUCGGAUGAGAAGCUGUUACCAGAGACAGUGGUAAUGGAUGGAGGCAGAAUCUUCGAGCUUCGUGACCGCCUAAGCCAAGUUUGCAUCCUGGGUUCAGUGUUGCUGGUCACAAUGUCUUCUGUGGGACCUAUGAUCAGUCAGGCAGAUGCUUUCAAGCUCAAACUAAAACGAAAUCUUUGUAUCAUUCUCGAUCCAGCUCUGUCAGAUAGUGAGACCAUGGCACUGAUGGAAAAUCUUGCUGAACAAGUGGUGAAAGAGGUUGAGGAUCACCUGAGUGAAAAUGAGAAGCCACCUCUUCCGGGAUCAGCAAAGGUUGCUCUAAAGUCACAAGUCCUCGAGAUUAAGAGCCCAGACCAUCGCAUUAGAGCUCUCAUAAUGAAGAGAGCAAUGGAGUUCAUUGGCACACUGCUGAGUUCCACCACAGCCCGCCCAGUGCAGAUGCCCCCUGGACUCUCUACUCUGCAGGAAGAGCUAGCGAACAUCUGUGGCACUUUGCUCCGUCUUGUGACACACAACAGAAAUGUCUUUGGGGAAUAUUAUUCAGAUAUCAUCACCAACCACAUAAAAGCUAAGAAAGAAUAUACGCAGUCAGAAGAUGACAAAGAGCAGGUGGAAGAGAAGAAGGAAGGGGAGGUGGAGAAGGAGAAAGACCAGCAGGAAGAAGAAGCCAAAAGUGAGGUAGAGGCAUAGUUCUGUGAUGGAAAUUAAUGAUUGACUUUGUGUGAAAGGGAAGAAAUUGUGAGGUAAACAUGAAUGUACAGUUAUAUAUUAUAUGUACAUAUACAUAAGAUAAAUUCAUUACAAGAUAACAAGCAUUAGUGAUAAAAGUAAAAUGUGCAUCUUAAACAUAUGCUGCAUGAAAAUGAAUCUCAGAUCAGGUUUAACAAUCAGUUUCCAAAAUAUACAAACAAGAAAAUAGUUGAAGUAUGAAAUGUACUCGUCCGCUGAUUAAUGUAACAGACUUCAUCAUGAUUGAUAAUGCAUUGUAAAAAGAUGGUUAUUUUAGACUUAGUGUUUGAGUAAAUGUAAAACAAUACUAUGAAUAUUAAACAAGGCACUCAAGAAACUAAGCAUAACAAUUGGAUGGAAGAUGUAAAAGACACUUUCAGAAUACAUACCUUUGAAAUUCUCACAGACCUUGAAAUUGAAGUGAGUGACAGAACAGUCUUACCUUCUAUUACACAUCAUUAAAGUUACUUCUCAAUUACUUUUCAAUACUUCUAAGUCCAUUUGUAGGCAUCAAAGAUGCAAUUUUUUAUUGCUUUGGUGCCAGAUGGAAUAUGAAUUUCCAACAGCUGUCUGAAAGAGUCAAGCUAUGUGUUGAAGAACGGUGGUCCAAACAUACUGAACUAGAACAAAAUUGGUUAUGUUGUUUUAUUCUGCUGUAGUAUGAAGCAUUGUGCCAAGAUUGGAAGAGAAAAAUGUGCUAUAUGUGACAGGCUGAAUAGAAAAUUCUGUAAAUAUGCAAAUAUAAAAAAAAUAUAUAUAAAAGAAAAACAAGAAAAAUGUUAUUCCAAUCCAAACUGCCAAAAACAGGAACACCCCAGUGCUGUGAAAUAAAGCUAUAGAGUUUAGAUCAGAAGAGAAGGAUAUCUAAAUGAAAUUAUACAGAAAAUGAGACCAAAUAAAUAAUACAAGAACCAAUCAGUGAAUUUUCUGACUUGAUAGAAAAUAGUGGAAAAAAUGCAUAUGGAUUACUUAUGUACCUAUAUAUUAUUCUUUCCAUUUAAUGUUGUCAUUAAUUAGGAUGGUGCAUUUCUGUUCAGCAGUCACAAAUGGAUGUAAGAAUAUCUCUGCUGGUAUUGAGAAGGAUGCUUUGCUUCUUCAUUCCAUUGGAUAUAAAAUAAAAGGUAAAAAUUGAGGAAUGCUUAUUUAGGGCCUUUGACAGACUAUAUAUUCAUUCCUGUUUUUUUUUUUUAUUAUUUUAGGUUUACAUUUGAUGUGAAGUAAAAUUUUUAAUUUUAUUUACGAUAUUCUGUAUUGUGUGUAUUGGAUAGCUUCUUGGAUUGUUUGUAUUAGUGAGAAUGAGGAUUUGGUGUAAUCUUAAGGAUAGGCAAGUUGUUGUACAGUAUUUUUAUAAUAUAGAAUCAUGUAUGCCCAUAUCUGGCCGGAGAUGAAGCAGACAUUAAUGCAAUAUUUUUAAGGUGGUUAAGCCUUGCAUAAUUUCCUUUUUUAGUAACUGUGUACUAACAUAGUAUGUCUUUCAUAUUUAGUUUCUCAUAUCUUCUAAAAAUAUAAAUGUGAUAUUGUUAGUGAGGUGUCCACCCUAAAAAGAAAAUUGACCACAUUCUGUAUUAUGUUCAUGGUGGACUGGCUGUAUGGAUGAUGUGUAGAGUAAACUUGGGUGUUGUGGUUUGUUAUGUGUAACAUGUCAACAGGUCUGCAAUCUCAAGAGUAUUUUCUUUUUUCAUGACAGCAGUCAAGGCAGGCUUUAAGGAAUACCUAUGCUCUCUGAGGGACGAAGGCAACAAAACCCUAAAAGAUAUUUAAAAUUCUGUUGAUAUAGGACAGCACGAAGAAUUAUGAAAUUUUGUGGUGUGUAAAUUGACUAACCAUUAGUGCCUGUUACUGGCCUAUGUAUGUAUAUGUGUACAUAUCUGCAUACUGACAUACAUAUAUCUAUACAUACAUACAUAUGUGAUUAAAGUAUAUACAUAUUUGUAUACAUGUACAUUCACUAUAUGUAAAAUCAUACAUACCUGUAAUAACCAUGUUCAUGUUAAGUAUACCCAAGAUCUUACUUAACAUUAAGAAAAUAAGAUGUCUUUGUCAUAAGGCAUUUGUUAAUUUUGAUAUGUCAGGCUUUAACACUCCUAUAACCUAGUCAGACUGUAUGAUGCAUUAAACUUCAGACAAACCUGGUAAAUUUGAUUAGAGAAAGUCCUGUACUGGUAUUGUGAUAUGCUUUAUGUAUUUACAACAUUAACAUUAAAGGAAAUUUAUUUUGUAGAAAAGUUCAGUCAUGGUAAGAGAAAUAAACUGCAAAAGGAAGUGAAUAUCAAUGAAUUUUAUAUAAAGAUAGAUUCAGUACAACAGAUCUGUAACAUGAAAUGCAAAUGUUUUAAAUACCAGUGUAAUGCAGGUUUGUUAAAUAUUCAAUUUGACUGACUGCUAAAAAGGGAACUCCAGAAAUUCCAAGUCAGAUCUGUUAACUUUUCAUCAGUGAUCUAAUCCUUAUCAUAUAUAUAUAUAUAUAUAUAUAUAUAUAUAUAUAUAUAUAUAUAUAUAUAUAUGUGGGGCAUGAAGAAGGACUAACUUUUAUUGCUUAAUUUAUAUAUCCUUUAAAUUACCUUGUCUUGUAUCUAGAUGUGGGUCACAGACUGUCAGCUGUUGAAGACAGUCAGUAUAAUCUUCUAAGGCAGGCUAUAUUUUAACAUUAUACAAGCACUAAAAUGAUAAUGAAAGAGGAUGUGAAACUUGAAAACAAAUGCUGUAUUGUGCCUAAAAUACAUUAAGUCUCAACAACACUUCAUGGAUCUGGUUUAUGUUUAUAUUUAUUUGUAUGUAGGCUUUUGCAAGUGGCUUACACAACUUGAUCUUUACAGAUGAAAAUAAAUAUAUUUUGAAGAAACAACAAUGAGAAAUAAUGAUUUGCUUUUAAAUUCUCAAAAAUCUCAUGUAUGUUACUGUAACAUAAGUGAAAGGAUGACGAUAAUUCAAAGGUGCGGUACUGUGUGUAGCAGUUGCUUUCACACUGACACUUUCUUCCUUUUGUUUAAAUCAUAUUACUAUUUUUGUAAUCAAUAUAUAUAAGGUAAGUGAAUCCAGUUUAAAAGAUAAGACGUCUGCAUUUUGUUAGUGUCCCAUGAGCACUGUAUUGAGCACAUGAAAUCAGGGUUGUUGAGGAAAUAAUUAGAAUUCUGUUAUGAGUGCAUCUGUAUGUGUCUGCAACUGAGCAUGUAUAUACAUUUUGGUUAUGUUAUGUAGGAACAUAUUUUUUCUCAUCAUUAAAUCUUUCAUUUUAUACCAUUGUUCAUUUUGUGAAUCCUACAGCCUUUUUUAAACUUUUAUACCAGCAUGGGUGACUGUUUCCUUUUUGUGGGAGUAAAUGGUAUAUAUGUAUAAAUUUAACCACCAUAUAAGAACUGAUACUUAACUAUAAAUAUAUACAGUUCAACUUAUUAUGAACUUAUAAGUAAAGAACAAAAUAAAUGAAAAAAAGUUU